AUGGAACCUAAAGUUAAGAGAGGCUCUUCAAGACUUGGGCUUUGUUCAAAGCCAUUUCGACUAUUCUUUAUUCACACAACAACAGGGCUCAACCUUAGUCAUGUGUUGGUCUAUGUAGAUGAACUUUUGGUCACUGGCAAUGAUGCAACUUUGAUUCAAACUACUAGAGCCAACCUACAGAUGAAGUUCAAGGUGAAGGAUUUAGGGGAGCUCGGGUUCUUUCUAGGCAUAGAGUUUGCUCGAAGUAAAGCCGGUAUCUCAAUGAACCAAAGAAAAUAUGCCAUUGACUUGAUUGCUGACUCUGGGUUAGGGGGAGAUAAACCAGUAUCUAAUCCAUUAGAGUGUAAUCAAAGGCUAACAAGAGUAGAAAUUGAUGAAGUUGUGGUGUGCACAAAUGCAGAUGAUAGCAUUCUGGGUGAUCCUGAACCUUACCAAAGGCUGGUAGGAAGGCUACUAUAUUUGACCAUGACUAGACCUGAUUUAGCUUAUGUUGUCCAAGUUCUAAGUCAAUUCAUGCAUAACCUAAAGAGAUCGCAUAUGGAUGCAGCCUUAAGGGUGAUCAAAUAUGUGAAGAAUGCACCAGGAUUGGGACCGUUGAUGUCUUCAGAGGGGUCUAACAACUUGGUUGCAUACUGUGACUCUGACUAG